AUGCCCGCCUUCAACGACCCCAUCACUGCUCAGCAGCUUCAGCAAUUCUAUUGCGGACAAUUGAAAUACGCGUUUAACAGCAACGCCAUGCACCCAAGCGUGCAGCCGUUCAGCCAAUCCUACUUAUUCCAGGAAGCCGCAGGUUAUGGCGCGCCAUUCCCUUACGCGCCUGCGCUCCCUGAACCCGCACUCGAGCCCUAUCAUAUUCAGUGUUCAGACGCACUGGCGGUCCCUCCCCAUUGGCCCUCUGAUACCUGGAAUGGAGAUCUCGCUUUCGCUGCGCCCUCUCCCACUACUUCAUCGUCGCACUUGCCCGCCUCCCACCCCAAUUCUUCUUCUGCCUCUUCCACUCCUCCCAGCACCGGCCCCAUCCGUAACAAACCAAAUAAACCCGGCCACAUCCCCCGACCGAGCAACGCCUUCUUGCUCUUCCGCACCUACUUCAUCCAAACCAACCCUACCCAAAUCUUCUCCAAUGGGAAACGCUUGAACCAGAACGAGAUUAGCAGGAUGGCUGGCAAGGCAUGGCGUGCCCUAUCCAAGGAGGAACGGGAGCUAUGGAAGGACAAGGGUGAGGAGGAGAAAAGGUUGCACCAAUUGAAAUACCCCGACUAUGUCUAUGAGCCGAAGACGAGGGCGAAUGGCAGGAAGCCCAGGAAGGAUAGGAAGGCUGCGCGCGCGACCGGGUCAAGCAGUGACGGCGGAAGUUCUGCGUAUACAAGCCCUGCUUCCAGCUCGAGUAGCCUUAGCCCUUCCCCGCGGUUGCCUGUUCUCGGGCGCCCUUUCCACCCCGAUCUCGACUUUCCUAUGGUUCCGAAUCCCAACCCCGCCUACCACAAACGCAAGGGCUCCAACAACAACAGUCGCUUCGAGUUUGAGGGGGGCGCUGUUCUGCCGGUGCAGGCCCCUGCCUACCAAGAUCCUACUCCCCUCGAGUCCACGGCAGAUCCAACUCAGGCGCUGGCGACGCCGAUGUCGGUCCAGGAGCCCGACCCUGUACCCGUCUUGGACUUGCUCGACACGCCCCACCCGGCUGCUGAGUUCGAUCUGGGCCCUUACAAUCCCCUCGACAUCUAUCGAAUUUUGGAAUCAUCUGGGAUUUUAUAUGUAUGA